AUGACUGCCCUUUCAGGCUCCGACCUAGGACUUGGUCAGUUUAAUCAUCGUCGAGUUGCUAUGGGAGCAUCGCCCUUUCGCUGGCUUACCAAGCUUGGCAGCGGUCGACAUUUUGACGUUAGUCCCAGGAGCACCUCAGUCAAGCCUCUGAUCCUUGUCAGUUACAGCGAACCACUAGGGACAGACGGGCACCAAGGAGAAAUCCGACGUCUAAGGAUUCACCGGUUUCGUUGCGAUGCCACACCUCCCUACAACUGUGUGUCCGAUUACUACGCCGGGAGAGACUGGUUGUUAAUGCUCAGCUACAUCUCCCUGUCAACUUACAAACGUAAUAACAACUAUGAUGUGUUAUUCUCAAAAGAUUACAUCCUGUUCCCUCGGGCAGAUGAAAGAACCGAGGACAACUCGAUACCAUAUAUUGAGACCACAGGUAAUGUUAAGUCCUCACCGCAGGCGCUGCUUGGACCCCCUGAUUUCCUAUCUUUUGAGGAAAUUCGUCCUGGCAGAGUUUUCGUAGAGAAGCAAGUGCAUAAAUCACCAAAGGUUACAGGAUUGUGUCAGCUCAAACUGGUCAUGUCGGUUUCGCGAGGGCAAUUAAAGGUCAUCUCAGGUCGAAGUACCUAUCUCCAGACAGGUACAGAAAUCAAGUCACCUUUUUCAGCUUGCCCAGCUACAGUCACCUUUUUGAUGGUAGUGUUAAGUGUAACAGCUGCUUCUGGUCAAUGGUCUAGGAGUUACAGCCAACCUUACAAUCAGAGAUAUCACCCUUCAUACUACAGAUAUCCUCCUUAUGGCUACAGAUUCUAUACUCAAAUGCAGCAACCAGAUUUAAUAUACCCAACUCGUCAACCUGUCUACCAGGUAAGAAACACGCCAACUCCUAGUGAAAAACGACAUGAUACAGGCCGAGUUUUGUUCGCUGAUGUAGCAGAAAGUUCUCUCUCUUCAACUGAUGCUACAAGUAUAGGCUCUAUGGUAACAACUAUGAAUCCUGCAACAAGUACAGGAUCACUGGAAACAACUAUGAGCCCUGUAAUAACAAGCUCCUUAACAACAACUACUAAAAAUCCUACAGAAAAGCCAGUAACUACAAUAAGUACCACUUCCUCUACUACUACUACUACUACUACUACUACCAUUGCUAGUCCCACAGAAGGUGGAACUAAAGACACCUCUCCAACUAGUACAGCAAGUUCUGAUCAAACUGGCACCAACAUGAAUGUACCAUCAGCAACAGAGAAUGAUACUCAGUCAACAGUCACUCCAGCAGAUAUAGAAGUAAAUCAGACCUCUUCCACAACACCAAUAUUUCAGCCUUUUACAAUGAGACCUGUACAUUUUAUUCUGCAGCAUCAAGAGAAUGAAGACAAACAGUUAAAAGUUGACACCUUAGCCACUUCAGCAAAACAAGCAAAUGAACACAUACAAGAGAACUUUCAAAGAGAGAAAACUGAUGAAAUGACCCAUCUCUCGAAUGUAAAAUUUUCCAUCAGUGAACCAGUUAAAGUUUGCUGUGAUAAUGAUGAUGAUGAUGAAAUGCAGAAAUCAGAUCACACAAGUGAAAAGAGUGAUGUUCUGGUAAAUAACACAAGCAAUGAUGAUAAAAUACCAGAAACUGAAGGGACACCAGAAUCUACUACAGAGAAACCAGAUCUUCAGAAGUUCUUCUUUAGUAACCUUUUUGGUCCUGGUGGCUUCUUAGGAAGGCCAAGACCCCAGUAUCAGUCAAGGCCAGUCCCAUUAACUCCACCAAUACAAAGACCACAAAAGCAGUCAGAUCAGCAGUACCAGCAAGCCACACAAAGAAAAACAGUCCAGCAAAAAAUUCCUGUAAAACCAAUAGAAACCACACCCAUAAGCUUACACCAGCCAACAUCUAGGCAUCCACAAAAGGGACAACCACAACACUACAAUCGGCCACAUGUGAUUCAACCUGCACCAACACGCCCAUCCCAGACUUUACCUCAGAGACCACCUUUUGCAUAUAGCCGACCUCCUAAACUUCCAGUAAGAAUUCCUCGCCCCACAAUUCGGGCACCUUCUGGUCAACUUCUGAAACAGGUUGCUGGACCAGUCCUUGGUCCAGCUCCAGGAGUUACUUGGAUACCAUCCAGUGACAUACCCAAUAGACCAGCUGCAAUUCAGCCUGACUCAGCACUGACCUGGGUUCCAGCAAAUCUUCCUGAUAGGCAAGAUAACAGUGACGCACUCCUUUUUGUAGAUGAAGAUCAACCAGCAAAGCAGAUUAACAAUGAUACUUUAGGAACGGAUGUUAAACUAACUGUCCCAACACCUGUUUUAGAAUCUGAAAAUAAAGACACAACAUUGGUCUUAGCAAAAGAUGAAGUGAAACACUUUGUACCAGAGACUAUUAUUCCUUCUGAAGCAGAAUCUGUUACACCACCUUCUUCAGAACAUAAAACUUCUUCCUCAAAACAACUGGAAAAUGUGGAUGAGGAUUCAGGCAUGUCUCAGAAACAAAUUGAAAACACAGCUUCAGCUACUUUAUCAUUGACAGAAAAUGAAAACAUAUCACCUGUUCCAAAAGCAGUGACAGCAUUAAGGACACAUGAUGAAAUUCAGGAACAACCUGAUGUUCAACUUGUUGAAGAUGCCCUAAUACCUCGGAAUGCUGGAGACGCAAUAAAACAACCUGUUGCCGAUGUCAUAACAGGCCAAUUUUCCAAGGAUAUUUCUGAUACACUCAUUACUGAUCCUGUGGAAAAUACUCCCGUACAAGCUGUCAGAAUUGUUAGGCUCCCUUUCCGUCCACCAUUCCCACCAGAUAAUGAAACUCAAUCAGUCAGGGUGCCUAUAACUUCUGCACAAAGUUUCAGGCAAUCAGUCAGGAAGCCACCUCGACAACGUCCACCUCCUACUGGAUUUUUCCAGUUUCAGCGUCCUCCUCCAUCAUCUGCUAAGCCAGCAACACCUGCUAGACCAAUUCAACUCCUCUCUACAUUAUCUGUUCAGCCAUCACCACUGCAAACACCUAUUCAACCGCCACGACAGCGAUCGCCUGUUCAGCCACCUCCACUGCAGUCACCUAUUCAGCGACCACCACCACGAUCACCAGUUCAGCCACAACUAUCGGUCCGGACUGAUAAUGCACCACCUACCCCCUUGUCUUCUCAACCAAAACAACCUGCUCCUCACUCAGAUCCUAGACUAUCUACACAAUCAACAUCUCAUCCACUAAUUUCUAGACCAUCAGCACAAACCCAGCCUUUUGUAGCUAAUAUUGAGAACAAAAGUGAUGCUCCAACACAGGGUGUCUUACCCCAGUUCAAUCCAGCUAGUGGUCUUCAGUUUACUCUUAUUAAGCCCUCAGAAAUAUCAGAUGAAAAUAAUAAUCGAGACAUUUCUCCACAAUUUAAUCCAGAAAUUGGCACAACUUUUGCAGGGGAGAUUAAAGCAAACAGGAACAGGUCUACAACUGUACAGAGUGUGUUGGAAGAUAUCGUGCAGAUAUCUAAACCAGAUCCUUUCAGAAUCAUUUCUGGGCCAUCCCUUUCUAACCAAUCUUCAAGUAACAAUCAACCACCAGAAGCUGAAUUGCCACCAUCAGUUCCUGAAGAGCAAGUUUUCUUACCAGCUAUAACAGUUGUAUCAUCAGUGAAUUUUAACAAGCAAUCCCCUAUUAUGCUAGGUAGUCAAAAUCUUUCAGAAGAGAAAGCUACAGCUAUUAAUGAAGAAACAACUGAAUUGACACUACCUGUAAUGAACAUAUUUGACAUUGUUCCCAUCACCAACUCACCUGUAGAAACAAACACAUUGUCUGAAGUUACUCCUUUACCAUCAUCAGUUAACACAACUAUACCAGUGUUAAAUACAACUACUGUUAUACCAGAAGUCAUCACAGAGGCACAGCCUUCAUCAACAACAGAGAAGUCAUCAACUCAUACUGUUACUGAAGCUAAUGCCAAACCAAAAGAUCAUGAGGUUGUUUUCAAUAAACAUAGUAACAGUAAUAUAACAAAUAUACUAGCUGGUGGAUUUCAGCUAAUAUCCUCUGAUGAUGUAACAGAAAUGCAGAAAGUCGAGAAUUCUAGCAAAAAAGAGGUUUUGUCAUUGGCAGGUCCUGGUCCAAUGAAGCCAAUCCCACUGGACUCUCCACAGCAAUCAUUUGUUGAUGAGGAAAAUACACUAAAGCCAGGAAGUGUUCCACUACAGCCGAUUCAAAUCCCUGAGAUAGAUGACCUGGAGGAUGAUCUUGAUGCUGUUGUAUCAUAUGUAGCAUUACUGCACAGAGCAGUACCUCCUUUAAAUCGAAAACCAACAAUAGAACCUAGUAAAGGCAGUACAGAGAAGAAACAGGAGCUUCCCAAACCAACCACUCCUCAGCUUCCAGUCCACAUAAGGCCUAUUCCAUCUGGGGCAUUCAUUCCAGGUAUAGGUUUAUCCAAGAGACCAGGCGCGGUGCCGAUCCGAAUAAAUAAUCUGAGUAACCUUCCACCAGAUGCCAUCUUGGUUAGGAGACCAGGACCACCUCCCCAAACACUGCAAGCAAGACCAGGACCACCACCCCCAACACUGCAAGCAAGACCAGGACCACCACCCCCAACACUGCAAGCAAGACCAGGACCACCACCCCCAACACUGCAAGCAAGACCAGGACCACCACCCCCAACACUGCAAGCAAGACCAGGACCACCACCAACACUGCUGGCAAGACCAGGACCGCCACCAACACUGCUGGCAAGACCAGGACCACCGACACAGCAAACACGACCAGGGCCACCACCACCAACAAUACAAACAAAUGUUCAUCCAUUAUCAAAUGGACAGUUUAGACCUGGAAUAAUCUUUACACUUGAUGAAGCAGGAACACCUCAUUUCUCACCAUUACCUCCUAGACCACAGCCUUUGCCACCUCAGCCACCUAGACCAGAGACUCAAUCUCAAAGCCAAGCAUUGCCAGAGAGACAGAAAAUUUCUUCCUCUGGUCAAAAACCUGAUGAUUCUUCACUAAGACAGCCAGCUGAUGACCAGCCACCUUCCAAUGUUGAGACCCAGACUUUUGUCAGACCUACACAAUCCCAAGAGGUCCUAGCCUCUGAAGUUCCAGAGGGGAAUGAUAAUUCACAAUCAUCAUUAAUAACUCUAGAAAUAACUGGAACCAAGCCAACAUCACAACCAUCAGAACUAUUUUCUGCUGCAAGACCUACAUCACAUCCAAACCUGCAAAGACCUGAACUACUUCCAUUACCCACUCGUCCAGUUCCACUGAAACCUGAAACACCACCCCCACCUGUAAAGCCAGUUUCAGAGAGCCCUAAAACAAAGCCAGUGAUACUUAUCCCAACUAUACAAAAAACAGAAACUGAUCUAACCCCACAAAAUCUCGAAACAAGACCACCACCACAAAGCCCAAUUCUUCAAAGGCCUGAAUCACAACUGCUACAACGGCCAUCCCCACAAAGACCUGAAGUGCUACUAUCUUUUCAACCUAUUUCACAAACAUCUGAGGCACAAUCACUACGUCCAUUCCCCCAAAGACCUGAGUCACGACCACCAUCUCCAGCUCCACAAACAAUUGCUGAAUCUCAGCCACAGAGACCUGAAACAAAACUACCACAAUUGAUUUUACAAAGACCAACUCUACAAAGGCCGGGAAUCUUGCCUCCAAUUCAAAGACCACCCCUAAAACGACCUCAGACUCUACAAAGACCAGAAGUGCCACCUGCAGAUAUGCUGCCCCCACCACGACCUUUUCCAGGGUUUCAGCCAAGACCUGAAACCACACAACGCAGACCAGACACACAACCGGCUGCUUUGAGGCCACAGUUCCUUGCAAGACCUCCCACAGGACCAUUUUUCCGACCUGGUGUCCCAACAGAAAGUUCACUACGUAGACCUGUUGUUUCUACACAAUUCCAGCCAUCUCAGCCUACCAUUCCAUUUUCUCAAGGGAAACUAAGCUUCCAGGAAACAUUAAAGCCUCAGCUAGUAACCGAUGAUUUCAGACCAAUCACUCCAUCACCUGAAAUCCCCCUUGCAACAGAAAACGAACAGCCCCAAUCAAACCAGUUCGUUCGUGGAGAUAAUCAGAAACUCAUUGAUGACAUCAUUGGCUCUCUCCCAGAUUUUUUGAAGGGUUCAGUCAAAAUAGACCAUACAAAUUUAGGUCCAGAAAAUACUGUAUCAGUUAGUAACAGCUAUGGGAAUGUAAUUUACCAAAAAAGAGGCAUUACUUACAUAGACCAAGUGCAGUAG